AUGAAAAGGAAUAUUUCUAUUACAACGAUUUACACUUUUGUUUUAAAAUUUUAUUAUACAAUAGCUAAAGAGGAUUGUGAAGAAUUAUUGUGCUCGAAUUUGUAUGACCCUGUAUGCGGCGAAGCGGUGGCGCUUGAUGGUGCGGUUGUAAUUAAGAGAUUCCAUAAUGUGUGCUACCUGAACAAAAUUAAAUGUAGAUUCAAAUAUGCAGACGUAGAACAGAUUCCCAAUUAUCUCUGUGGCAUACGCGAGGACCGGGACUUGCUAAUCAAUCGUCGUGUCAACGACUUCAGCAUAGUCGGAGCGCAUCAAGCCUGCAACCACACAUGUCCAACAUACUGCCUGGACACGUACGAACCAGCCUGCGCACAGAUCUGGUCAGCCGACAUGCAGACGUACACUUACCGGCCUAUGAUCAAUCAUUGUCACAUUGAUUUGUUUUCGUGUGUUGUGGGAGUUAACGUAACAAUACAGCCGUUAAUUGGCAAAUGCUACAAAAAUCCAACGGCCCUGAUGUUCAUGUUCCACAUUGCGUCGUUGAAAACCCUGAAGUUAUUGGAUGAGCCGCCCGCAGUUGCUCAUAACAAGCUCGCCCCACCGGCUACACCUAAACGAAGAUCAGGAGCCAAUAUUAUAGAAGAAACCGAGUAUAGGGAGUUCAUUAACCUUGUAACGAAGCGCAAAUAA